CCGUGCCCGUUUACGCAGACUUCACUAGCCAGUUUACGACAAGCGCCCGCCUCCGGGCACUCCGCCGGGCCGGCCUGGUGGAGCAUGAUGAACGGCGUCGGCGGCGCGCUCUACGAGGAGGCGCACGCGUCGCCUCCAGGCGGCUCGCCCCCCGCUGCGCCCGCCGCCGCGCCACCUUCAGCUUCCAGUGCCUCGCCUGCUUCCGUGGGAUCCAACCCUCCACAGCCACUGCACAUCCCGGCCAAGCGCUAUGACCCCGAGCCGGGAGUCAUCCGGCAUGCCCAGCAAGGCUGGGGUUACCCACCGGAUGCACCCGGUUCCUUCGAACAUCAGUAUCCCACCGCACCGACUUACUACAAUCUGCCUGUCGAAAGGGAACGCAAAUCUGCGUUACCUUUCUGGCCGACAGGUGGAGGAGAAUACAAACCUUACGCUGAUGGUUGCCAUCAAGGUUUUUCACAGCCCUGUUGGAAUUAUCCCUACGGCGCGCCACGCGGGGACCAGCCGUUGUCUUACGUCGGUGGAGAUGAACGUCGAACGGCUGUCUCAGAGGCUUCUGGUUUCUCCCACGACGCCUAUGGUUUGCGAAACUACGCGCCGGAAUCAGUCACCAGCGCUCCAUAUCCACCACCGAGUGCUCUACCUGGAUCUCUGUCGAUGUCAGUGGGCGUCGGCGUCGGUUGCGGCUCAUCGAACCCCCUGGAUUGGACCGGACAAGUCACUGUGCGUAAAAAACGCAAACCAUACUCGAAAUUUCAAACCCUCGAACUAGAGAAAGAAUUUCUGUUCAAUGCGUACGUAUCGAAGCAGAAGAGAUGGGAACUCGCGCGGAACCUCAACCUCACAGAGAGACAAGUAAAAAUAUGGUUUCAAAAUCGACGAAUGAAGAAUAAAAAGAACUCGCAGCGGCAGGCGGCGCAAGCGGCUCAGAAUAAUAACAACAAUUCGAACGCGAACAACCACAACCAUCACGCGGGCCACCACCACGCGCCGCACCACGUGGCGCUGCACCACGCGCCGCCUGCCAAGCACCAUCAGUGA